AUGGCGUCCUCGACCUCGAGCGCGCCGUCAAUGGCGGAGCGUCUGCAGCCGCGCGUGGACGCAUGCAACGAGAUGACGGCGUUGAAUUACGCGAAAUAUGUCCCUUUCAUCGUCGACGGUCAACCCGUGGGCGUGCUUCAGCCCUGGUUCGCGGAAGACCUCGAGAAGGCGUGCGGGUCGGAGACGUUGAGGAGGGACUCGAACGGCGCGGUGACGUUCGUGUCGUCGCUGGACACCGCAGACAAGCGGAGCGAAGCGAUCAUGCCGGGACUGGAGAAAUUGCGCGAUCAGGGGGUGAUCACGGGUUGGCGUGAUGAGAUUUUCCCAGUCACUAUGGGGUACGGCGUGCCUCCUCUGUUUCGGAUAGAGCGCGCGGCGGCGUCUCUCUUGGGCGUUCGAGCAUACGGGGUCCACGUCAACGGCUUCGUAACGCUACCAGAUGGAGAGAAGGAACUCUGGGUCGGGAAGCGGGCGAAGAAUAAGCAGACGUUCCCGUCAAAGUUGGACCAUCUCGUCGCUGGCGGUCUCCCGGACGGGAUGCCCCCGUAUGAGUGCGUGAUUAAGGAGUGCGCCGAGGAGGCGAGCGUUCCGGAGUCGCUCGCGCGAAACGCCAAGGCGGUCGGACUCGUCAGUUACACGAUGAAUUACAAGGGCUGUUGCAAGCGCGACGUGUUGUUCUGCUAUGAUUUGGAGCUUCCCGUUGAUUUCGUCCCCACGCCAGACGACGGCGAGGUGGAGAGCUUCACGCGCUACAAAAUCUCCGAAGUUUUAGAAAUCAUGGCGACGACGGAAGACUUCAAGGAAAACUGCUGCUUGGUGAUAAUCGACUUCGCCGUGCGGCACGGUUUCAUUACACCCGACGAGCCCGGAUACGUAAAGCUCGUGCAGUCGUUGAGAGUCGGGAACGCUUGA